UCAAAAGCAAGGAAAAACAAAUAUUGAAGUAAAAGAAAUUGUCGGUGAUCUUAGUGGUGAAUCCAACAAGUGGCCUUUGAUUGUACACUUCUAGAAUUGUAAAAAUUUCCCGUAAAGAAAACCUAACACUAUUUUUCCUUGUUUCCAUUCAUUCUGAGCACCUCUCUAGUACGCGCAUGUGUACUUUUAGUUACAUACAAGUUACCCCCUCACCCGCUGCGCUAUCGAUCGCUGUACGAUCGUGCGACCGUUUCCUAAUCACAACACAUGUGCAAUUGCUGCUGCUCGAGUGUUUGCCUGCUCGCCACCACAUGUGAUUAUCAUCAAAGAAGUCUCGUUCCCCAUUCGGCUAAAGUCGUCUUGUUUUAGCCACUCUCACUUUCACCCAGAUGGUGUGGUGUAUUUUUGUUUAUAAAUAUUUUACACUCUCUCAACGAAUUUUCCCCCCAAUCGAGCACAGUUCAAACUCAUGCCGUAAGAUAAAUAGCUUGUUCGUAUUGCAGGAGCAAAAAGAACCCCCCCCCCCUGCUGGUCGAUCGAAGCCGAAGCUCUCACCAGCUGGUUAAAGACAUCGGAAAAGGGAUGAGCAGCAAUUGUCCGCCAAAACGGAACCUUGAGCAACGGGGCCCACCGUCAUGUUACGGUUGUGGAUGUGUGUUGAUGAUCAAACAAGUGUAGAACAUAUGAUCCAUUAGCAGCUUCUCGCUCAUCGUUCCCAACAUCGUGGCGUUCUAAUAUGCCGUAAGGGUACGCGAGAUACGAUAAGAAGAUAUUUAAUUCACAUGUUCAUGCCAUCGGUACUGUCGUGUGUGAAAAAGGCGAUUAUGAUGGUGUUCCACAGUAUCACACUGACACUCACUCAUCUUCUCUUUCUUCCUCUCUCUCUCUCUCUCUCUCUCUCUCUCUCUUCGCUCUCUCCUAUUUGAACUCGUACUCUCGACAAGAAGAGAUUUCUGUAAGGACAGAGAUAAAUCUCAAUUGUCGUGUGAGAUGAGAUCGUUACGCGAUAUCUGCUCAACGCGCAGUUUAGUGUCUUGCAGUCAGAUGUUUAACCGAUCUCGAAACAGAUCGUGUGCUAGUCAAGAUCAUCCCUACAGUUUGCCUAAAGCUUAACUGUUUAAAGCCAUCGGGUUGGCUCCGGUGGAAACAUAAUUGAUCCGCAAAGUGUGCAGGUUUGUUUGGUAAUUCGGUCGGUUGCCGAAGAAAAGGACUAUUUUUAUCUCGAUCUUCGUCGCCCUUGUCAGUUCGCCCGCUCAGCAGCAGCAGCACACGCCACAUUUGGACAGGUGUUAGUGUACGUGUAGUCAACACACCACCCAAAAACAUGUCCAUUUGCGACACCUCCAAUGCGGCGGCACUGUGACACUGAGCCUGACGGGGCAGAAAAGGUGCUAUUUUACAUUGAAAGUAAAUUCAAAGGUACAACAUUUUUUUGUCUUAUCUCACCAUAUCAAGUAGACCUAAAACGGGGGCGGGUGGUUUUCUUCAAAACUAAAGUUUUGUACUACGAAGAUUAGCUGCCGAGUGAGCUGUCGUGUGCGGGUAUGUGUGAGUCUCGCACUGUGCUAGUGUUUGUGUGGGUUUCACUGCAAAACGAUUAGACAGUACAGAAGAGGAGGCAGACUCCGCCUCGAAAAACGCUCGAACACGAUCACUCGCGAUCACCAAGCAGCGCGCGUACUAAGUAGAAGAAACAGCAACAACCAACCAACCAACCCACAGCUAGAGCGAAAAGAAAACACACGAAAACAGAACUAAACAUGGAUAAACCGUCGCGACCGGUGCGAAAUCGUAAGCGUAGUAGAAAAGCAUGGCCACCGGGCGAUAGCCACCGUCCGGUAAAACGGCUAUUUACACCGGAAAUCAAGCGAAUGCUCAAGGACUGGCUGGUGAGGCGCCGGGAAAACCCGUACCCCAACCGGGAGGAAAAAAAGCUGCUCGCCGUUGAGACGGGCUUAACGUACACCCAGAUCUGCAACUGGUUUGCGAACUGGCGCCGAAAGCUCAAGAACUCUGGCAACGAUCCGAUCCGCAAGACGUGGGGCAAUCUGAUCAAGAACUACAACACCAACGCACGAGGCAACGUGGAGCAGUUUAGCAUCUGCUCGAACGAUAGCAUUUGGGGCGAGAACGGGGAAGAGUCGCAAGAUUCGCGAACGUCCAGCUCGGGCGAACAUCCUUACACCAAUCGUCACAAGCAUCAUCACCAUCACCGCUAUCAUCUUGGUCAUCAGCGGCAGGGUCAAAAGUAUGAGAGCAACGACAACCCUGGUAACCCGUUGCCCUACCACGUGUAUGCCGAGGCAGGUGACUGUGCUGGCGAUAAUAACAAUAGUGCCUCGUGUCGGAACAAUAACCUAGACUGCAGACCAUUUGCCGAGUACAUGCGAGUUCCGGAGUAUGGUCGUAUUGAGGAAUGUUCGAGCAACGAAGGCUUACGGGAUAGCUAUCCUCCGACCGCGUUUCGAAUAGAUCACUGCUAUACUCCACGUAACUACGACACCGUCUUCGGGCUGCCCGAGGACACGCGAUGCUACAAGGUCACACAGUUCGACGGAUCUUACGAUCCAGAGAGUGGAACAAGGCUUGAACCCAUCAUUCUCACUGCCACACCUGCUCACUAUGGCCGUUCGUUCACGGCGAAAGAUGCUCCCAAUGGGGGCACGCUCUAUCUGACACCGUCCACCACCCUCUCUCCUGCUGCUGGUGCUCCCACAAUCACCAGUGGAAGAUCUCGAUCGAGCAAGUACAAGAGCAGCAUCAUGGAGAAGUACCUGCGCGAUCUAGGCGAACUGGAAGCGUCCGAUGAACCGGUGGAUGAACCGACCACCAUGAUGCCGGUACUGAUGGCUACCAUACCGUUUCAGCAGAAACACUGUGUUCAUGCCCACGGCCACGGACUGCAGCUACAGGCUCCAGCAGCGAUCAGUUACGAUACCGCCGUGUUACGCGGGCCGCCGUCACUAACGAAGUGGCUAGAAAGUGCCGCCAAGUUUACACCGUCCAAGCACAACUACAUCGAUUGGGAAUGCUCUGGGAAACAAUCGACAACGAAGAGGCGGUUAGACUCUGGCGGAAACUAUUACGCCAUUACGGACAGUGGUAGUGAUGGUGGUUGCAAAUAUGCUGCACCACUAUACGGGGAAUCGAUACAGCCAAGCAUUGGCAGUCUUGAGCACCAGAAGGAUGAGCUCGAUGCGGCGGAGGCACUGACGAAGCUUGCGAACAAUUUUCGAACGAAAUUUUCCGCCUAACUGAGGUACGCUCAGUAUGGUGGAAAGUAUGAUUCUGGUCAGCGCAUUCCUUAAGUUAUGCCAGCAGCUGUAGAAAAUAUGGUACCGUGUUACAAAACAAUAAAGAAGUGAUACUGCUUGCGAGCGGCCAACGAAA